AUCUUGCUUUAAUUAGACUAUUUAGAAGGAUAUAGAAUUUUGUUUUGUAAAUAUAUAGGAAGGCGAGGCUAAGCUAAGUUUUAACUAGAUUUCACAAGCGAAGAGAAUUUGAUUUUAACGUGUUCACUCAAGUGUGACGAGGCAGUGUUUAUCGAAGCUGGCGGAGGCCGUGUGAAUUUACAAGUUGAGUGAAGCUGGUGGAGGCCGUGAUUGUCCUCAGUGGAUUUCAACCGUACUUCAAGACUGUCGCAAGACACAGACACAAAGUAUUUCCUGAAGAGAACGUCGACUCAUUGCAAAUCGUUGACGAUACUUCGAAAUUAUGAGCACUGGUAGAUUGUCAACUGUUUGAAGAUGGGGAGUUUGCUUUCACGGAACGACACACAAAACCAUCACCAUGACGUAUCGAUGCAUAGAGAAACCACCUCAAGAGGAGGAGGUUAUUCUGCCGUUUCUAAUGAGGGUGGAAGUUACCCAUUCAUGAACAAUUAUCGAACUGUAGCCAGGACUUCAACAGCCCCACCUGUAAGAAGUGCUACAGAAGGACAUAGUGUCAAGCUGCCUUCUACAACAUCCCGGGCAUCUUCCUAUCUCCCCAGUAGCGUCACAAAGAAACCUUACGAAACUGAGAGAGUUGUCAAAUCAGCAUCAAGGGAAACUUAUGGUAUUUCUGUCGUCAACCCCGCGAGUAAUUUGACCACUGUGAAAUCAAAAUCGACUGGUGUUGUUGCCAAAUCAACAUUACACGCACCUAAUAGUUAUCAUGCAAUUUCUGGCUCUAGAUCUACAGCAGAAAGGACAAGUUCCACCUCAAGUGUUGCUCGUGUAAGGCCCAAGCGGCAUGCUUGCGGCGAACCCAGAUCAUCGACAAACAGGCGGAACGUUAGUGAUAAGAGCAAUCUAGGAGAUAACAGCAGACGAGUUGCAACAUACGGUGCUAGAGGAGGAGGCAGGGUGGUCAUUUCUGUACCCCUCAAUCCGUGGCAAGUGCUGGGUCUCGAUUCAUCUCACGCAUCUCGUGAGGCUAUCAAAGCAGCUUUCAAAAAGAAGAUACAUCAACCAGUGCGUCAGAAUCGUGCCAUGGCCUCAAUUGCUCAUCAUAUGUUAACCUCAUCAGCUGGCAGGUACAAGCGAGUUGAGGGGACGGAUGAAUUUGUGGUUACAAGGCGUGACCACUUCAUGCUCGCAGCUUGUGGCCACACACAUGAACUCACCCAUCGGAUUGCUAAGAACGGCAACAUUGUCGAACGAACGGAUGAGCAUGGUCGAACACUGCUUUACAUUGCAAGUAAGUCUGGCUUUUAUGAUACCUGCAAUUUACUUCUCCAAAAAGGUGCUUCUGUCAAUAACGCUCAAAGAGAUGGCAGCACUGCUCUCCAUGCUGCAGCCUUUUAUGGCCAUGAACUGGUCGUUGGUCUCCUACUUCAACAUGGAGCAAAGAGUGAUAUCAGAAACAGCUGGGGUAAUACCCCGAUUGACGAAAGCGCCACACCAAGUAUACAGAAUUUGAUCCAAUCCGCUUCCGGAGACAAAAUUUCGUCACUUGCUGCCAAGCUCAAAGAGAAGCAACUUGUGAAAAGCGUGCGCCAUAUUGAGUACCAAGGAGAAGUCAUGGCAAAGGAGCUCACACGCGAUCCUCGCUGUCUGGAUACCCUCACGCGAGAUGAGUGGAAUAACAUUCAAGACACAUGGGAGACAGCAUGGCAUGGCACUCGUUAUAACUAUCUGGAGUCAAUAAUCGACAAGGGCCUUCUACCCUCCGGGUCAAGUGGCAUAAAGCCAGCAGAGGGACACUACAAACUUGGUGAAACGCAUUUUGGCAUCCGAGACUGGGCAGCAGCGAUCUUUCUUUCACCAAGUAUCCUUUACGCAUCUCACGCCUGCUAUUCUGAACGAAUCUUUUCCGAAUCCCAACAGUGGUGCGUCCUUGUCAAGACUUUAUGUAAACCUGGUAGUUAUAGGUCAUAUGAUCCAACCGUGUUCCGAUACGAACCAAUGGAUGGUGAGCCAGUCAUGCCAGAGUAUCGCAUUCCAGUCACUGAGGCAGACAAAAAUGUCAUUCUGCGAGUUGAGUCUACGCGCAGCGUUGUCGUCCAAUCGUUGAUAUUUGUGCGCCUCAGCUUUCUUGAAAAUCAAAACAUUAACUUUGACCAAGCAAUGAAACUCUUGCGGUGAUGUUACACACCUACUGUAAUCGUCAACUAGCGGUUGUUUGAAUGGCGCUAUCUUUUUGCCUUUGGAGCUUGCUUGACUCCAGGAAAAAAAUGUAGCAAAUCAAUUCCAAACAUAGUUAUCCCUUAGUAUUUUCAUAGAUGUCGCCUUUUUGAUCUCCAGAGAGAUUAGAGUCAGGAUGAUUGUUGACCUGUGUUUAACAGAAUUAUUUUACACCAUGAUUUACGAAGACAUUUAAUCAUCGAAUUUAAAGGAGGUACUUAUCCCUAUGGUACACCUGUCUUGGCACUGACAUAAGGCAUGAGCUGUGCGAACCACGAGAAUUUCUUAUCUCCAAUAUAUUAUAGCAUCGAUAUAGACGGGAAAUGAACUAUAUAUCAGAACUAUUCAGAAUAUUACUCGAUCGACUACUGUGGGGGAGCAAAGACUGUCAGUUAUUGUCUUUGAAAAGCCCCUUCGGGGAAAUUCAAUAAAGGAUGUAAGUAUG